AUCCGUGAAUCCAGCGCGGCCUUAUAAAGGCAGGCGGCACCGCCAUCAGCGAUCUCUUCAGUCGCAUGCUGCAGUCGGGAACGGACCAUGUCUAGUGACUCUGCUGACUACAACAGCUCAAGAGAUAGAGACCAUGGGGGGCCAGAUGGGAUGGAGCCUGAUGGUAUCAUUGAGAGCAACUGGAAUGAGAUCACGGAUAAUUUCGACGAUAUGAACCUGAAAGAGACUCUUCUCAGGGGAAUAUACGCUUAUGGUUUUGAAAAGCCGUCUGCUAUUCAGCAGAGGGCCAUCAUCCCUUGCAUCAAAGGCAAUGACGUCAUUGCCCAAGCCCAGUCAGGCACUGGCAAGACGGCCACAUUUGCCAUCUCUAUCUUGCAGCAGCUGGACAUUGAGCAGAAGGAGACUCAGGCUCUGGUUUUGGCUCCUACCAGAGAGCUGGCUCAGCAGAUCCAGAAGGUAAUUUUGGCUCUGGGUGACUACAUGGGAGCAACCUGCCACGCGUGUAUCGGAGGGACUAAUCUCCGUAGUGAAAUUCAGAAGCUCCAGGCCGAGGCCCCUCACAUAGUGGUGGGCACACCUGGCCGUGUGUACGACAUGUUGAACAGGAGACAUCUCUCCCCAAAAUGGAUCAAGAUGUUUGUUCUUGAUGAAGCUGAUGAGAUGUUGAGUCGUGGGUUCAAGGAUCAAAUCUACGAGAUUUUCCAGAAGCUUAGCACAAAUAUUCAAGUGGUCCUGCUCUCUGCCACCAUGCCAGCUGACGUGUUGGAAGUGACUAAGAAAUUCAUGCGAGACCCCAUUCGCAUCUUGGUGAAGAAAGAGGAGCUUACCCUCGAGGGUAUCAAGCAGUUCUACAUCAAUGUGGAGCGAGAGGAAUGGAAGCUGGACACGCUUUGUGAUCUGUAUGAGACUCUGACCAUCACCCAGGCGGUCAUUUUCCUCAACACCCGCAGAAAAGUGGACUGGUUGACAGAGAAGAUGCAUGGUAGAGACUUCACCGUUUCUGCUCUGCAUGGUGACAUGGAUCAGAAGGAGCGAGACGUCAUUAUGAGAGAGUUCAGGUCCGGCUCAAGCAGAGUGUUGAUCACCACUGACCUUCUGGCUCGUGGGAUUGAUGUGCAGCAGGUUUCCCUGGUCAUCAACUAUGACCUUCCUACAAAUCGUGAGAAUUAUAUUCAUAGAAUCGGCCGCGGCGGCCGCUUUGGCAGAAAAGGAGUUGCUAUCAACUUUGUCACUGAGGAGGACAAGAGGAUUCUUCGAGACAUUGAGACAUUUUACAAUACAACUGUGGAGGAGAUGCCUAUGAAUGUGGCUGAUCUGAUUUGAACCCUGGUAUAUACACUUUUUUUUCUUUUUUUUACGCAGUGAUAGCGAUCGUCCACUUGCAUUGUGCUUAUUAUUCGAGGGGGAAAAUACUUCUCAAUGCUAAACUCUGUAUCAGGAUUUUGGUAUGCAUUAAAAGCGAGGAGACUUCUAUAGCGGUCCCUCUUGGACAGUUGUAGGUUCUAACUUGGUCGGCUGGCUGGUUGGAGCUACAGAGUUAUGGGGUCUGUAAAUGUUAAGAUCCUUAUCGGUUGUUUCUUUCCAUGUUCGAUUAAUAUGCGUGUAUUCAAUGUUCUUCACCAUUUAGUAAUUUACUUGUGGACUAAAAGGUAUAAGUGCUGUAUAAAGUCUGCACAUUAUGUUAUGCUAACAUAUGUGCGAUGUGUUGUGUGGCUGCUCAAUAGGCACUUAUGUUAAACUGUAGAUUCACUUUUUGUUUUGAGUGUUUAAUUUAAAUGUACCUUUUUAUCAAACUUGCUAUAUCAGAGUUCCUCACCGGUUGGCUAUAUUUUGCUGACGUGGUUUUAUCCUUAAAUAUAUUGCCGUCUCCCCUUACCCUCGAUUGACUUGAGAUUUCCCCCUCCCCAGAAUUGUAUGAAUGUCUUAAUAAACUUAUAUUGCUGUAAGUAAACUUAUUUUGUUGUGAAGUAUUGCACAUGUGUUGUAUUUGAGUUGUUGGUAGCUGCUUUUCUGAGUGAAGACCAGAUCUGCAAUUUUAUUGAAUGCCAUUAAAAAAGAAAACGUUUUUUGAA